GUAGUUUCCAAACUUGUUCCCAGAGGACGCCCCUGGAUAUGUUUUCUGCUUAUGACGACAUGAGAAAUUGUGUGAGUUGUUCUACAUGGAUUUGAUGGAUUACCAAGUUCUAAAUUGCCUUAUUGAAUUUAAAUGGAGGAUUACAAGUUUUUGUUCAAAGUUGUCCUCGUUGGAAACGCGGGCGUUGGGAAAACUUGCCUCGUUAGACGCUUUACACAGGGUUUGUUUCCACCUGGCCAAGGCGCUACAAUAGGAGUCGAUUUUAUGAUUAAAACAGUGGAAGUCGAUAAUGAGAAGGUUAAGCUCCAGAUUUGGGAUACAGCUGGUCAGGAAAGAUUCCGAUCUAUAACACAAAGCUAUUACCGUUCAGCUCAUGCCCUUAUACUGGUCUAUGAUAUAAGCUGUCAACCAACAUUUGAUUGCCUUCCAGACUGGUUGCGUGAAAUCGAGGAGUACGCAAGCAGUAAAGUCUUAAGGGUGCUAGUAGGAAAUAAAACUGACCGUGAAGACAGGGAAAUACCAACCCAUGUAGGAGAAGAAUUUGCCCGGUGUCACGACAUGUACUACCUCGAAACAUCUGCCAAAGAGGCUGAUAAUGUUGAAAGGCUUUUUAUGGAAAUUGCUGCAGAGCUCAUAGAGCAAGCAAAGAGUAAGGAAUUGCCAAGAUAUGAUGGAAGUGGUGCACCAUCACUGGAAGGCCGCACAACUACUGUUGGAGACAAUACUGGUGGGUGUUGCUCUCGCCUCUAGUGAACAACAGCACAAAUUGAAUGGAAGGCUUUAUUUUUCAAGUGAUGCUUCCAAUCCUAUCUACUGAACUCAGUCAUUCCACUGAAAUUGGUGAUAUUGCUUGUAAAGAAAAUUUUUUCACAUCGUGUAAUCAUAUUGCCUCAACAGUAAAUUUUUUCCUGUCAGUGUUAUUUACAUUGGCAGCAUAGCAGCCUUCUGCACACAGUGAUCACUACCUACAUGUGCACUCUCUCGCCUGUGUUGAUUUAUAAUUGUUGAUGAUGAUUGUACACUGUUUCUUUAAAACCUGGCUUUGACAGUAUCAUAGAAUUUAUUCCACCUAAGCUUCAUUUUAUCAUGGUCGCUUGUUCCUGUGUUUGUUGUCGUAAUGAUUACAGUGAAUAUUGUUACAUCUAUUUCUAUGCGUAUUCCACAAUAUUUUAAAAGCACUGUACAGCAUAUACUGGGAUACGUCCAUAAUGCUUUCUGUUGGAUAAAAUAUUAUUCAGUGACAAUAUCUGUGUCACAGUUUAUAAAUUCUUGUGAAUAAACCAUGAAGUUCAGAGAAAUAUUCAUGGAUAUGAUGUUUGUGUUCAGGAGAACAUACCAGUUGUGUGUGAGUAAUAUCAGCUGUCGUGCAAUUUAUUGAAGUUUAUAAAAAACUGUGUACACUUUUGUUUCCCUUAUGUCUCUUCUGUCUCACAGAUUUAGCUUCUGGAUCUUUUUUUGCGACAAUUUAAUUGUGUUGUGUCAGUUAUUGCUGUCCACACCAUCUUAAUUGUUAACAAAUUUUAUCUACAAUCUUUUCAGGAUAAUGAAGUAGGUUAUUCCUUUUAUUUUUGCUUUCGGACAAUGAGCAACAAAAAGACUGCUUGUCCUGUGUGAGGCAGAUGAACAGUAUUUUUGGUUUAUCUGUGUAAAUUAGCAGUUCUCAGAAAGAAAGAAAGAGUAUACUUACUCAACAAAUAUUCAGUUAAAUACACCAUCCAUGAUAUAUCUGCAUCACAAUACUUUACAGUAUUUUUCCAUGUUCCUAUAUAAAGGAAGUAAGUUACAUUUCAUUGUCAGCAGUUUGAGUUUCAUGAAAGUAUUAUGCUUUCUGAGUUGUAGCGAGAUACUGAAAAUAUAGAAUAUUGUUAGGUAUCUAACCCUCUUUUCUUCUCCUGCCUAACCCUAACUGGCCCCACUCCCCUCUCUCUCUCUCUCUCUCUCUCUCUCUCUUUCUUUCUUUCUUUCUUUCUCUCUUUCUCUCUCUCUCUCGCCCCCCCUCUCCCUCCCCCUCUACCUCCUCACCUCCCCCUCUCCCCCCACCUUCCUCCCCCCACCCCACUCCCCGCCCCCCACACACUACAUAAUUGUGACACAGGAGAUCUUUCAUUCUUUGAGAAUUCUUCUGAAGCAUCCAUUAUGGUAACAAAAUACAUUUGCUAUUCCAGAAAUAGAGAAUAUGAUGAUAAGUUUAUUAUCCUGUUAUCAACAGAAUACAAGUGAAAGAGAGCUGACAAUGUGUUUGUUCCCUCCUGUGAGCCUGUGUGUCUUGCCUGAUAUAGUUACAGCUGUGGUUUUUUGCAACUGUGCUAUGUACACAAGAAAUACAACUUUCUUAAAAUUAUAUUGAGUAUUUAUUAAUGGAAACAGUGUUUGCAGUUUCCUCCAUCUGUGAUAAUUUGAUUAGACUGCAUUUAUGUAUUAUUUCUUGAGAUGUAAAGAAAUCUGAAAAUAUCACUGUGUUUUAAAUGUUUGUAUUAACAGAUUUUUUAGUUGAGUUGCUGAGACAGUAUUCUGUAUUUACUCUUCUUAUUUUGUAAUUGUUCCUGACUCCAGGAAAUGCAGUUACUUAGUUAAUUAUGUAAGUAGUUUUGGGCAGCUAUUUUAGACUAUUCAGAUCAGUCUAGCCACAAACAAGGUGAUGGUGUCAUCUUCCUGCUGUGUUAUUUGUACUUAAAUUUUUAAUAGGUCGUAUACAUGCAUUUUAACUCUGUACAUGCUUAAAUUUCUUGUAUUGCUCUUAACCAAAGACUUCUGUUUAAUAAAAAUUAUGUUUUUUUGUUGA